UCUGACACCACCAGAGUGUCGGUAGUGGCGGUUGUGGCGGCAGUGUGGUGGUGGUGGCGGCAGCUACGGCAGUGUGGUGGUGGUGGCAGCUACGGCAGUGUGGUGGUGGCGGCAGCUACGGCAGUGUGGUGGUGGCGGCAGCUACGGCAGUGUGGUGGCGGCAGCUACGGCAGUGUGGUGGCUGGCAGCUACGGCAGUGUGGUGGUGGUGGCAGCUACGGCAGUGUGGUGGCGGCUCCUCCACCUCAUACCUCCCUUAACCACAUCAUCAUCAACAACAACAACAGAUUGUGGAGUGUGAGUGAGCAUUAUAAGCAGUCUUACUACCAGUACCACCAUGGCUGAUUCUACUCUCUUCAGUUGAAGUAUCUGGUUGGUGUCAAAUGUUAAGGUGUAAAAUUAGAAGAAGAAUUUUAUUACUUAACACUUUCAUAAAUGUUAGAAAACAUCACUCAAGAUGGAACAGGAAUCUUCUAACCAGUUAGAAGGUUCGGUUGUUAAAAGUGAAGUCUUUAAAAAUGUGCAUACACACAUCUCCCCUCCACCUAUACCAGUAGAAGCUAUUGAAGAAGAUGGGGUGGAACUGGCCCCAUCCUCCAAAUUUGAAAUACUGGAAGAACAAGUAAGUGAAAAGAGGGCAAAGACUGAUGAAGACGGUGUACCGCUAGGCUGUGCUGACACAUGGCUGGGGAAACAAAAAGUGGAUCAAGUGACAGCAUCGUCUUCUGAGGAGGAGAUAUCUAGCACACCAGAAAAAACAGUUCAGAGGAAGAAGAAAAGAACAAAACCAAAGAGUCAAGCUGUUCUAGAUAGAGAGAAAAAAGUUCUGAACGUUGAAGAUGUUUUGUCUUCCACUCCACUAGACUUGGAGGCACUUCGUGAACUUGCUAUUGGUGAGGGAGGUCUUGUCAGAGGUAAGACACUCUUGGGUAUUUUUAUAAACAUGAGCAUUCAGUAAAUAUCUUUCUUAUGC